CGAGACGUGGAGAGGACGUACGCGAGUGCUUCGAGAAGAAAAAGUGCGCGGGAAGAGGAGGAAAAAUUGUGUGAUAUUAUUAAUUAUACACCUAAGUGCCGAUAAUACCAUUUUUCUCGUCGACCGGAUCGGAUCGGUUCAUGCUCGACCGCGCUCAUCCAAGACGUGGUGCGAUCUGUGGUGCCGGUGGUGAUACACGUUCCGGUACAUCAAUGUAUGUCACGUGCCUGUACCGUCGUCCUCGUCGCCGCUAUCACGGGAUUUCGGGUCGUCGGCUCGUGGAGAUGCUUCGUGACUCCUCGAGAGAGUCUUAAGGGAAACACCCGACCGCCGACCGCCUUUCUUUGGAUACCGUCUUUAUUGGAUUAAGGUUACGGACGAUUAGAACGACAAAGACGAUGUAUACUGACGGUCUCCUGACCCUCCACUAUGGGAAGCAUCCAGCGACCUUGGCCGCGGAGGUCGGAGCCUGGUACACCGGGGACCGUCACGUGGACGUGACGUUGGCAUGCGACGACGGCUCGGUGGUGAAGGCCCACCGCGUCGUCCUGGCAGCGGCCAGCCCCCUAUUGGCUAGUCUCCUCCGCAACCCGGCCCUGGACCACGUGGUCCACUUGUCCGGGGUGCGGAAAACCCAGCUCACCCACCUCCUCGAGUUCCUCUACAACGGAGAGGCUCUGAUUCCGUCGACGGAGCUCACGCCGCUCAGGGAAUUGUUCGAGCUUCUUCAGAUAAAGUCGGAGCUGUUCGAGCCCAAUCAGCCCCAGACCUCCACCAACUCCGACCCCGAAAGGAUACCGACCCCUCAGCCCUCCGAGGGCCAGGAGAGCUCCAGCUACGAGUCCCAGUACGACGGCAGGCAGUCCAACAAUCCCGCGGACUGUUGCUCGGUGCUCAUAAAGACGGAGGGGUGCGAGGAAGAGGCGGAGGUGGACGUGGAAGGCGUGGAGGAGGCGCUCCUCACGGAGGGCAACAGGGAGAGCAGCAUAGAGCCGCCCAGGCGGAGGGACAGCUCCGACCCUGUCAACCUCAGCUUGAAUUCGGGCACCUCCACCACCAGCGAGAGCUCCCACGACAUCGUGCCCAGGCCGGAGAAACAGUUGCUGGAGAGGCGGGAGUCGCUGGAGGAGGCGGAGGAGAGGAGGAGGCAGCUGGCCGCCCGGCUCGCGUUGGGCUUGGAGCCCGGUAAGCGGAAGCCCGAGGAGAUACCGAUCCCCCCCGCGGAGGCGUACAUCGUGACGCCGCACAGGAAGCGGAGGCCAGGCUUCCACAACGCCCCCGCGCAGAACCCUGCCUUCGUGCCGUUCAACCCUGGAUUCGAGACCCCGAGGAGGCUGCAGGCGCCCCGUCCCCUCAGCGUCUCCACACCCCCCUACCUGCAGGACAGGUCGGUGACGCCGCCCGGAGGAUCGCACAGGCCGCCGAGCGCGGACCCGGCGACGGCGGCGGGCCUGGAGCCGCCCUGGGGCUCUUGGGCCCUGCCCUCGACCAGGGCGCCGCCGCCCCCGCCCACGGACGACCCGCCCAAGUCGACCCCGGUGCGCGAGUAUCGGUGCAGCUACUGCGGGAAACAGUUCGGCAUGUCCUGGAACCUCAAGACGCAUCUUAGGGUGCACACGGGCGAGAAACCGUUCGCGUGCAGGCUGUGCGUCGCAAUGUUCAAGCAGAAGGCCCACCUGUUGAAGCACCUUUGCUCGGUGCACAGAGGGGUGAUAGCGGCCCCGGACAACACAUUCACCUGUUGCUUCUGCUCGUUGAGCUUCGACAGCCUUCAAGAGCUCAUCAGGCAUCUGUCCGGGCCCCACAACAAUCUGCUUCUCAGCAAGAAUCUGCACGACUAGCGAUCACACGGAUAGGACUAGCCGGUUAUUCCCCUCCCUUCCCCCUUUUAUCUCCCCUCCCUCCGCCCCCCCGGUACCCCUCGAUGCGCUCGCCCCGCGUGCGCGUCGACGAGAAUCGAUCCGGGGGGGAGGGGAAAAAAGUAGGCCGCCGUCCCGUCGAUUUCAUAUUUUCGGGAGAAGUGACGCGCGAGUGCCUUUCAAGUUCCGAUUUUUCCGUGAUCAACGUGAGAUACGAUGAUGAUGAUGAUGAUGAUGAUGAUGAUGAUGGUAAUGAUAAUAAUAAUAAUAAUAAUAAUAAUAAUAGUCCCCUCCUUCGCCAUAUUUUCGAAUAUAACGAUCUCGAGAGUAUCCGUUCUUAUUAUUAUUAUUUACGAAUAUAUUUUCAUUCCAACGUAUAAAAAGCUCGUAAAAUUUUCGAAAAAUUCUAAUCGUUAUUUGUUCGACCAACUUUUCGUGAUUUCUUCUUUUCGAACGAAUCUCCUUUCCCUCCCCCUGCUCCCUUUCUUCGAGAGGGAGGGAGAGAGAAAAUAAAGAAGCAUCGGAAGUGCCUUUCGCGAUUAAGAAAGAAAAGAAAAAGCGUUACGUCGUUUUCGCGAAACGUCGAUUUCCAAGUUGUGUGUCGAAAACGACGCAACGAAUUCUCCACACACUUUAUUAUUAUUAUUAUUAUUAUUAUUGUUAUUAUAAUAAGCGAUGACCAGUAACUCUGACCAAAUAACAUAUUUCCGGCGAUCGACGUAUUCGUGUAUCGGAAGUGUGUGCGUGUGUCGGACUAAUGUUCAACGGUCUCCUCGCGUCAAGGAAACGCGUUAAGAAAGUCGAAA